GAAAAACGGCACAAACUCAGGCGGAUCGUUACUCGCCUCGCGUCAACAGCAAAAGCAGCGGAUCGCACAGACAGAUGUUCGGCCAAAUAAUUUGAAAUGGGCAUUAAAAACAUGUGAGUGUCCAAAAAGAAAAUCUCCGUUCACAUUGACACAUCGGUUUUUUUCACGUACAGCGCAGGUUUUUGCUGUCUCGUUAUUUGUUCUAUGUGUUCGCAUACACAUUCUGUUCGGUUUGAUCGAGCGUCCUAUGUUUACACUACUUCUGUACCGCACAUACUAAAGUGAAGGCACAGUAAGAGAAAAACAAGUAGAAAUUCGGUGUCUUGGUAAUCACAUUUCGAAUCUUAUGUCAUGGCUAUAAUGUUUUUGUUCGGCCACCGCAGCCAAAACGGCAAACACUGACACUUUGAGCAUUCGGGAAAGAAUAUUUUUACGGUGCUUUCUCUCUCACAGGUUCCGACUUCAAAUUAAAAAUAUUUUUUUCGUCGGAUUUAUGAUUCAGUACGUUGUGCGCGAUCGGGUUGAUCGUGACCAAUAUACAAGAUCGUCUGCAAUAUUUUCGCGUUGAUCUUUUGUUCGUUUCAAAUUUUCAUUUUCUUCGUCAUACAGACGUUCUUCUAGAACCGGGCUAGUUGAAUCUAUUCGCACUCAAACGGGAAGAAAAAUCGCGCAGUGCGUGAAAAUUACUAACACCAAUCAAAAAGGAAUAAAUUUCGUUCGUUUUUUUCGUGCUUUUAGUUAAUAGGAACAGUUAUAGUUACAGUGGAACAAUUUUCAGUUAUUUUUUUCAUUUGCGACUUUUACAGUGAAAAAAAUAAAAUAGAAUAAGCAAAAAAAGAAAAUCAUUUGUAAUGUGCAAGUAAAUUGUGAAAUAUCAAAAAUACACAUACAAAAAAAAAUUGAAAAAAGGAUUUUACUAAUCAACGGAACCAAAUUCGAAAUCGAUCAAUCAUGGCCAAUGUGUCAAUCUGGAGAUUGCUUUGCAUAGCUCUGCUAUGUACUCUCACUAUUUCCACUCUUCAAGUGAACGCCGAUACACCGACAGAAGCUGAAUGCCAACCACACAUCGCCAAAGCCCUAAACACAAUAAAAGGAGACAACAAAGAACCAGACAGUGCUGGAAUAGUCGUUGAUGUGGAUGACAGUAGGGAAGAGGAGGAUGCAGCCGAUGCGGUAGUCACGGAAGACGACGACAAUAGUGAAGAGCCUAACAGUGAUGUAAACGAUAAUAACGACGAUGACGACGACAACGAUUCACAAGAAGAAUCAACGAACGAAACCGAAGCUGGCGAUGAAGAUAACUCAGCGGAAACGGACGACGGUGCAGUUGAAAUGAAGGAGGAGGAGGAUGAUGAUGAUGAUAACGACUCGAAAGAAGACAAUGAUACCGUGAAUGAAAGUGAUAAUGAUGCAAAAGACACCGAUGACGACGAUGAUGAUGACAAUGAUGAUGAUAAGGAUGACUCCAAGGAAAAUGAUGAAGCUCAAGAUGAUGACCAAGAUGAUUCAAAAGAGCAGACUGAAGAAGCUAAAACAGGAGCCGCCGAAGAUGAUGAUCAAUCCAAAGAGAACGUUGACAACGACGACGAUGAUGACGAUGAUAAGGAAAAUGAUGAAGCUCAAGACGAUGACCAAGAUGAUUCAAAAGAGCAGACAGAUACGGACGGCGAUAGUAAAGAAAACGAUGCUGCCGAUGCUGACGCUGAUGAUGACGACGACGACAACCAAAGCAGUGAGACCGAUGCUAAGGAAGCCGAUGACGAAGGAGAUAGCAAAGAGAAAGCUGAUGAUGAUGAUGAUGCUACCGCCGACGAUGACGACGAUGACGACGACGACGAAAAAAGUAGCGAGGCUCCAAUCAAAAAGCGUUCAGCUAGUGAAACUGAAAUCAGCCCUAAGUCUUAUCCCGUUGAUGAUUUAUUGUUGGAAUCCGAAAUUCCAGAAGACCUUCGCGACCGCAGCCAUAUCGAUGAAAUUCUCAACUUGAAUGAGGAAGAUUUCGCCGAAAAUGAAGCUCUUGAAAAAGUCGCUGAAAAUACAUUGAAGGAUUUGAAGAAGAUUUACGAAAAUGCCAUCAAGCCAUUGGAAGUGCUUUACAAAUACCGUGAUUUGUCAAACCGUCACUUUGGUGACCCGGAAAUCUUUUCAAAACCAUUGGUAUUGCUCAUGGGUCCAUGGAGCGGUGGCAAAUCAACUAUCAUCAAUUACUUGACCGACAACGAGUACACCGAUUUCUCACUCAAAACUGGAGCCGAACCAUCAUUACCUUACUUCAACAUCCUCACAUACGGUGAAACUGAAGAAGUAUUGGACGGAACACAAUUGUCAGCUGAUUGGACAUUCUCCGGACUGCAAAAGUUUGGUCAAGGUUUGACCGAUCGCUUGCGUGGUUUGAAGUUGCCAAGCAAUCUCUUGAAGAAGGUUAACAUUGUAGAAAUUCCGGGCAUUUUGGAAGUCCGGAAACACGUGUCUCGCAUCUUCCCAUUCAACGAUGCAUGUCAAUGGUUCAUUGACCGUGCUGACAUCAUCUUCCUCACAUAUGAUCCAUCAAAAUUGGACGUUGGACCCGAAACUGAAGCCAUCCUUGACCAAUUGAAAGGACGUGAAUAUCAAACUCGUAUUCUUUUAAAUAAGGCCGAUCAAGUGCAUCCAGAAGAAUUGUUGCGUGUGCAAGGUGCUUUGAUUUGGAAUAUCUCACCAUUGAUGUCGUCGCAACAGCCACCAGUCAUGUAUACCGUGUCAUUGUGGUCGCAUCCAUUCGAGGAAAAUACUCCAGUUCGUCUCUUGCAAGCCCAAGAGAAGGCUUUGCUCCAAGAUUUGGCUCAAGCCAUUGAACAUCGUAUUGAAAAUAAGAUUGCCAGCGCCCGUCGUUUCGCUGUUCGCGUUCGUAAUCAUGCUAAAAUGGUGGAUUGCUAUCUAACCACUUACUACAAUCACAAGACAUUGUUCGGAAACAAGAAGAAGAUCUCUGGUGAAAUUAUCGAACAUCCACAAACCUAUCACAUUUACGAAGGUCUAUCAACGCUUACCAACAUUUCGCGCUACGAUUUGCCCGAUCCAGAAGUGUACCGUGACUUCUUCAAAUUGAAUCCAUUGUAUGAAUUCAAGAAAUUGUCCGAAACGUGCACAUACUUCCGCGGUUGUCCAAUCAACAAACUUGACGUUUCGAUUGCUUACGACUUACCCGAACUGGUAAAUCGAUACAAACGGGCAGUGGCUCAAGCCUUAAACACCUUAGAACUAAGCAAUGCUGCCAAUGAUUCAUCACCAACAUCCAAAGAAGAUAGAAGAUAAUUUUCGAAUUUGCUAGCACAUUCGUUAUAAUAAUCCAAUUUAACAAAAUGAAAAACAAUAAAUCUUUCUCUCAUUGGUAGACCAUCGUUUUUUUUCUGUUUAUAUAAAUUUGCAGUGCUAGAUUCGUAUCAAAUCAAGAUUGAGAUUAAUGUUUUAAGGAGUUAGAAUCUCAGAGAUAUUGUUUUUUUUUUCUUCGAGUCUAUACCAAGAGAUAGACACGGCACACUUCAUUCAUGAUACAUAAUAAUUAAAUAAAAGCCGGUAUGCAGUCUGAACCCAAUAAAUCUAAUGAAAAACUACUUUGUUGAUAUUUCCAAAAUUGUGUAUAUUGUAUUUGAAUGACAUAAAUAAAGAAAAAAACAACAAAAAAAGAGAUCAAAA